UGUGAGGUGGCUCUUGAGCAGUGAGUGGCUGUCAGUCUUUAUGGUGAGAGGAUGUCUAAGUUUAGACUUCCACUAGCAGUCUCUCACACGGUCUCACCGUCUACCAGCACUCCGGCCUCAGAAGACUUUUCCCCCUCUCCUCAGGACUGUAUCAGCAUGGCCUCGGCUAAUGACCCCACCACAGAUGGAGACCAGAAGGUUCCAGAUGAAGAUGAAGCUCCCAAAGUCAAGGAUAUUCAGUCCCAUUCUCGCUGUCCUUCUCCGAGUUUUUCAUCCGUCUCUGACCGCUUCUCCACGAUCUCAGGGUCAGACGGGGAGAGUAUAUUCAUGGAACCCAUUCACCUUUCCUCGGCUGUUGCUGCAAAACAGAUCAUCAAUGAAGAACUGAAACCCAAAGAAAUAAAGUUGCCUUCCACACCAGAGAGUAUGCUCGAGAGAGCAGAGCAGCUGAUGGUGGAGGAUCUUUACAACCGUGUCAAGGACAUGAUCGAUGAUCGCAGUCCCUAUAACACACCCUGUGUUUUAGACAUCCAAAGAGCUCUAGUUCAGGAUCGCCUGGAGGCUCCAGUUAACCCUGUGGAUGAAGUCUGGCCCAAUAUCUUUAUCGGGGAAAAAUCAGUUGCAGUUAACAAAGCUCGCCUAAAGCGUCUUGGCAUCACCCACAUCUUAAAUGCAGGCCACGGUACUGGCGUAUACACAGGCGAAAGCUUCUAUCAAGGAAUGAACAUCACCUACAUGGGCAUUGAAGUUGAUGACUUCUCUGAUGCCGACAUCUCGCCACACUUACGACCGUGUGCAGAGUUCCUGGAUGAGGUUUUGCUGACGCAUAAAGGAAAGGUUCUGGUGGACUCUAUGAUGGGAGUAAGCCGCUCAGCCAUAUUAGUUGCCGCUUACUUAAUGAUCUUUCAUAACAUGACGAUCAUGGAGGCAUUGAUGGAAAUCAGAAAGAAGCGUGCCAUAAACCCCAAUGAAGGCUUUGUAAAGCAGCUUCGUGAGCUUAAUGAGACGUUGCUGGAGGAACGGGAUGAAGACGAUGAUGAUAGUCUAAGCCAGUCCUCUGUAAUUGACACUAGGGCACGUCUUGAAGAGGAUGGAAGCACGUUUGGUGCUAAGGUCAAUUCCAUCGUGGUGGAAGAGGAGGAGGACAAUGUGAGUCUCAUGAGCAGCAUUGCUUCAUCUGCUGCUGCGGCUGCCUUUAAAGCAGGCAUUGUUGGAGGCACAAGCAAUUUGAUGACGGGGGCACAAGAUCUUUGUCUGCCUGGGAAGGAUGAAGAAGAUGAAGAUGGCGAUGUAGACAAAAUGGUUCAAGAGUGGCAGAAACGAAAUGAGAAGUACCAAAAUGAUGAGUGGUGGGAGGCCCAGCUAAUGUUCGACAAGGAUGACUGUGGAUCGCUUGCAGGGGAGGGAAACGGGAGGGUCCCACGGCCGGAGGAUCUAGAAAGUGUGACCAGCGAAGAUGUUCAGAUGGUGAAGGAGCGGAUUAAGCGCCGACCUCGGCGGCCCGCUUCAGACUCAGUGUCGACUGCUAGUUGCAGCAGUUAUGCUGAUCUAUGGAAAGAACGCCUUAGAGAGAUUGAGGAGCAGGCAGCUGCAAGAUACCGUUCCAAGGAGCAAGAUGAGGAUGCAUACAGUGAAGCAAGUCAAAAGAAGGUAGAUGAUGAUUUAGAGAGCAUAAUGUCUGACUCAAGCUCUAUGUACAACUUCUGCAAGAAGAACAAAGACAAACUGACUCCUCUUGAGAGGUGGAAGAUUAAAAGAUUACAGUUUGGUUGGAAUAAAAAAGAGAAGAAUGAAGUGGACGGCAGUGGUGAAAAUAAGGAUGGUGAAGCAGAAAACCCUGCUCCUUCUUUGGACGAUGUCAAUUUAACAGCCUAUCAGACUUGGAAACUAAAGCAGCAGAAGAAAUAUGGUGGUGACGAAAAGAAGGAUGAGAUUCUGGAGAUGAGUCGUGGAGAAGACUCAGCCACAGUGAAGAGGAGACAACGGAGAGAAGAGAUACUUGAGCGCUCCAGAAAAACUCUAGAGGAGAGCCAAUCGGUGUGUGGCUGGGAGACCGAAAGCUCCCUCAGCACUGGUACCAUCCCACUCUCUGCUUUCUGUGCUGGUGCUUUUCCUUCUGCAAGUGUUGCAGGAGAUGAUAAUAUGUCUGUAAUAAGUGGCAGAUCGUCAGUUCACUCUGGCCGAAGCACAAAUUCCCAACUUGCAGUCCCAUUAGCACCACCUGAGCCACCAGCGCCUGUUCUGGGACCUAAUGGGGAGCCAAUGGUUAACAUAGCAAACAUCCAAAACUGGAUCGCAAAUGUGGUUAAUGAAACCCUUUUGCAAAAGCAAGCGGAAAUGAUGAUGGGAGGAAGCCUUGCUCCAUCACGAGCAGGGUCCGUUUUCAGUCUGGGUGCAGCAUCGGCUAUGGGACCCAACCGGGGUGUGGAUGAUGAUAAGUCUUCCGUACUAAGUGGCUCAACCUAUAAUAGUUUAUCUCGCAACAAGCCAGAAUCUGUUCUUUCAGGUGGAGGUAGAGCUGCAUCUGUACUUUCUGCAGCUGGAAGGGCUGAAUCUGUUUUAUCUGCUGGAGGGGCAUCCAGGCUAUCCUCAGUUUCUGGAUUAAGCUCCCGUAAGAGCAAGAUCACCACCACUAGUGUACCUCUUUAUAGCUUAUUCCAAGACCAAGUAAACCUGCACAAGCUUGAUAUAAUGGAAAAAGAAAUCCAAUCAGAUAUGAGAAAUAAGAUGGCUUCCUAUGAAAUUAAGAAGAUAGCAGAAGAUAAUAAACGAAGUACUUUGUUCAAGAAGAAAAAGCCCAAAGAUGAGGAUGAAGACAAAGAUGAUGAUAGUCACUUUGGAAAAAACACUAUUGAUUCAUCAGCAUCCUGUGAAAAAACUAAAUCUAAAAGAGAUUAUGGGCGUUCAGGAAUUCUCCACCUUCCAGCCACUGCAAACGACAUCUCCACUGUUGAUGAAUGGCUCCAAAAUGUAAGACCACCCCACCAAAAACCAAGAGGUUAUGGUGAAGAUGCAGCUGUACCUCGCAUGUCCAGGCCAAUAUUCGAAGAACCUCCUGAGCUUUCUGAGUUUGAUUUUCCGAGCCGAAGAAGCUCAGUUGCAGCUAUUGAAGAUGACGAUGAGGACUUUGCGUCAAGAUUUUUCUUACAAAGUCAGGUUGACAGUGAAUCUGAUUUAAGCAGGGGUCCCAGUCCAGACAUCAGCUAUAACUCUAGGAGGAGACCCCUUGGAGAAGAGGACUCUUUCAAUGGAAUAUCAGAUUCUAGUCAUUACAGAAGUGGGAGACACUACCCCAGACAUGAAAUAGAAGAAGACAGUUACCAGGAGUACUCAGCAAAGCGGAAAUUUACUCAUUCUUCGGAGUUUGAGAAAAAUGCGACAACUACAGGAAGGACACGAACACGACAAGAGGAUGAAGAAGACGAGGAGGUAUCGGCCUUUAUCAAUCAAAUCAGACAGAGAGCAAGAGCGCGUGUGGCAGAGGAGUUAGAGGAUAGUGAUGAAGUUCCUGCUGCCUGGAGGAAACAAAAGGAGACAAAGUCACUUGCCAAUAAUAAAGACUAUGAAUGAACGCACAUUUUGUUACUUUACAGUAGGAUUUAAUGGGUGACUACUGUAAUUAACUCAAUUAUACCGCAAUGCUUUUACUUUGCCUUGGUAAAAUUGUCCUUUAAAAAAACAUAUAUUUUGUGUUCUAUCUACAAAAACAAAGAUCUUCUAUAACUGGGUGAUUAAAACAUCACUGAACCAUCAUUUACCUCUUUGCCCACUGUAACUUACACUCACUGGCCACUUUUAUAGGAACAUUUGUACAUCUGCUCAUGCCAAUCCUGUGGCAGCAGCAAAAUGCAUGAAAUCAAGCAGAUGUAGGUAAAGACUUUCAGUUUAUGUUCAACAACAAAUGCCAUGGUUGUUGCUACCCUGCUGAUCUCCUGGGAUUUCCACAAACACAUUGCUUCAGAGUAGUACAGAAUAGUGAAAAAACAUCUAGUGAGCAGCUGUAUACUGGUUAUUUGAGUUACCACAGUCUUCCUGUCAGCUGGUACUAUUCUGGUCAUGCUUCUCAGACAACAAGAUGUUUACACCCACAGAACUGCUACACUCUUUUUUCAGACCAUUCUGUGUAAAACCUGUGUUUGUGAUAAAUGAUCUCAUAGAGCACUAGCUGUAAAGGUUUUAAAUAAAGUGGACAGUAUGUGUGUAUGGAAUUUGGAUUCUGAAAUUAAUUUCUAAUAUUAUUAAAAGUUUUAAAGAG